CUCCCCGGCUGGGCACUUGAACGAUUGGCGGAAAGCCGCGCCCCGCCUCCAGCUGGGGCAAACGUAUACUGUUAUGCUGGGUGCGGGGCCCGGCUGCACAGGACCCCACAUGGGUCGCUGUCUGAGCGGGGGAGGGGCAGAGCCCGUGAGUGCCGUGUUCCCUCCAGGCUCCCGUCACUCAGUCACACAGCGCUGCGCUGCUCGUCCAGCUGCAGACCGCGGAGCCGCCUGCUGCCUUGCCCGCCGUGUUCAGAAAUGCUCCGUUUAUCAACAGUGCUACGUCAGAUGAGGCCAGUGUCCAGAGCACUGGCCCCACACCUACUACGGGCCUAUGCAAAAGAUGUUAAAUUUGGAGCAGAGGCUAGAGCUCUCAUGCUACAGGGAGUAGAUCUUCUAGCAGAUGCUGUAGCUGUCACCAUGGGACCAAAGGGUAGAACCGUGAUUAUUGAACAAAGCUGGGGAAGUCCCAAGGUAACAAAAGAUGGUGUGACAGUAGCCAAAGCAAUUGACUUGAAAGACAAAUAUAAAAACAUUGGAGCCAAGUUAGUUCAAGAUGUUGCCAACAACACAAAUGAAGAGGCAGGAGAUGGAACUACAACUGCAACAGUACUGGCUCGUUCCAUCGCCAGGGAGGGCUUUGAAAAAAUCAGCAAAGGAGCUAAUCCUGUGGAAAUCAGGAGAGGUGUGAUGCUAGCAGUAGAUGCUGUCAUUGCUGAACUAAAGAAACAGUCCAAACCUGUUACAACUCCAGAAGAAAUUGCCCAGGUUGCCACAAUCUCAGCAAAUGGGGACCAGGAAAUUGGCAACAUAAUCUCUGAUGCAAUGAAAAAAGUUGGACGGAAGGGUGUUAUCACAGUUAAGGAUGGAAAAACCCUGAAUGAUGAGUUAGAAAUCAUUGAAGGUAUGAAGUUUGACCGAGGCUACAUCUCACCAUACUUCAUUAAUACAGCCAAAGGACAGAAAUGUGAAUUCCAGGAUGCUUAUGUCUUAAUCAGUGAGAAGAAAAUUUCCAGUGUUCAGUCCAUAGUUCCAGCUCUUGAAAUUGCCAACGCUCACCGUAAGCCUUUGGUCAUUAUUGCUGAAGAUGUUGAUGGUGAAGCCCUCAGUACUCUCGUCUUGAACAGAUUAAAGGUUGGCCUCCAGGUUGUUGCUGUAAAAGCACCAGGUUUUGGUGACAAUAGAAAGAACCAGCUUAAGGACAUGGCAAUUGCUACUGGUGGUGCUGUAUUUGGAGAAGAGGGUUUGGGUCUCAAUCUAGAAGAUAUUCAGCCUCAUGACUUUGGUAAAGUUGGUGAGGUCAUCGUGACAAAAGAUGAUGCCAUGCUUCUGAAAGGGAAGGGUGAAAAGGCUCAAAUUGAAAGGCGUAUCCAAGAAAUCAUUGAACAAUUAGAAGUUACUACAAGUGACUAUGAGAAGGAGAAACUAAAUGAACGACUGGCCAAACUCUCUGAUGGAGUAGCAGUACUAAAGGUUGGUGGCACAAGUGACAUUGAGGUGAAUGAAAAGAAAGACAGAGUUACUGAUGCACUGAACGCUACUCGUGCAGCUGUAGAGGAAGGUAUAGUUCUAGGAGGUGGUUGUGCAUUGCUUCGAUGCAUCCCAGCACUAGAUGCUUUAACGCCAGUCAAUGAAGAUCAAAGAAUUGGUAUAGAAAUCAUUAAGAGAACACUGAAAAUUCCAGCAAUGACUAUUGCUAAGAAUGCAGGCGUUGAAGGAUCGUUGAUAGUUGAAAAAAUCAUGCAAAGUCCACCUGACACUGGGUAUGAUGCAAUGCUUGGAGACUUUGUAAAUAUGGUAGAGAAAGGAAUCAUUGACCCUACAAAGGUUGUAAGAACUGCCUUGAUGGAUGCUGCAGGUGUUGCUUCCCUUUUAUCCACAGCAGAAGCUGUAGUUACUGAAAUUCCUAAAGAGGAAAAGGAAGUGCCCAUGGGUGGAAUGGGUGGAGGAAUGGGAGGUGGCAUGUUCUAAUUCCUGGAAUACUGAUCCAUUGUGAACUGGGAUGGUUGAGACUGACAGUUUGCUAAAACUUCAGAAGUCAGUGCAAGGGGUGGAUAGUGACUGAAGUGAGGCUGGUGUUUAAAAGAAUCACUGUAACCAUUAGUUACUGGAUUUCAUUUAACUCAUGUAACUGUUUACAGUCACUGUCCAUGCCUAUAGAUAAAUUAUUUUGUAUUUUUCAAUAAAGACAUUUGUACAUUCCUGCUACUGGGUGCAAGAUCCACAUACCAGUGUUCUGCUUUAAAUUUAAUCAAUUAAGGCACUUGAAAUUCUGUUUAAUCAGAAUUUAUUGGUGCUUGCCACUACUAAGCAAAGUUCAGAUGAAGUCAUUGUGUGCAAGACUUAAAUUGUACAGAGACAAAUAUACAAUUAUGUGACAACCUCUAUGUAAUAAAAGAUUGUUCAAAGUUA